AUGUCUGUGCCAGCAUCAGCCCAGGUGCCUCAGCCUCACACCAUACGACCUGUUGGGAGCUGCUUUAGGUUGCAUCAACUAUCUGCGCAGAAUUUGGACCGAUAUCGCAGAUGGUGGGGGACUGGAAAGAAGAUGAUUCUUUCCACUCGUGGUGUGCUUGAAUCCAGCAAUGGUGCACAUUCUAGUGGCCUUAUGAAGAAAAGAAAGAUUUUGGAGCACAUUAUUCUGCUUAGAGCCAAGCCAAACAUCUCAGAUGCUGAAGAAAGAGAUAUGCUGGACUACCUAUAUACAUCACAGUAUCAGAUGAGAGGGGGCUCGGUUUCUGUAGAUUUCGAGUCCGAGGUGGAAGAUGACAUUAUACCUAUCUUUCGUAGGGGAGAGACUGCAUCCGGAGAGGCAACGGAGGAUGCAUUAGCUUCUCUUCAGAAGUUGAUCAGCCAAUGCAGUUCUUUUACUGUGCAGGCAACCUGCAGCUGCUGUUUGGAUCAUCCGGAUAGCGGAUACAGUCAUGCUGCACUAAUCCGUUUCCCAUCAUUUGACGACUUGAAGCUGUUCAGGGAGAGCAUGGAGUACAAGGAUAUGUGGGCAUCGAAGUUCCACCUGGUCGUGGAGAGAUCCCUCCACCUGCAUUUCACCGUUGACCCCGUGGGGAACCAGCUGAUCUAG